UAGAUUCUACCAUGGGUUUGGACAUUGAAGAUGUCCUGUAAACGUCGUAUAUAAGAUAUCAUUUACUCACGAUCUUCAGUUGUCUUUGUUCAUUGUCACAACCUAGUAAUUGUAACUGACCACGUCGUAACCAGAAUGAACUCGCUGCUUCUCUUCGUGUGCCUGUCGCUGGCGGGGCUGGCUGCCUCGGAGCAGUACACGGACCGGUACGACAACCUGAACGUGGAGGAGAUCCUGUCCAUCCGGCGGCUGCUGGUGCCCUACAUCAAGUGCAUGCUGGAGCAGGGCCGCUGCACGCCCGAGGGGAAGGAACUUAAAUUGCACGUGAAAGACGGCAUGCAGACAGGAUGCUCGAAGUGCACUCCAUGGCAGCGAACCAACGCGAGGAAGGUGGUCAAACACAUCAGAGAGAAGGAGACAGAAUACUGGGAGGCGCUCAAGAAGAAAUACGACCCUAAAGAUGAGUUCAAACCGACCUACGAAGCGUUUCUCGCGGCUGACGACUAAAGGGAGCGAGAUGAGUUGUACAUUGAUGAUAUAAUGAUAAUGAUUCUUGUAACACGGGUACUGCACUAAAAUUGAAAUUUAAUGAAAUUUUGUUAGUAAUUAUUGGCUGAAAACUUAAAUUCAAAACGCACUGCAGGAUUUCAGCGUUAUCUAGACUGGACUGGAGAGUUAUUGCCAUAAUCUCGCUGUUAAUUAAAUUAGAUUUAAAUUAAAAAUUAAAUAUUUGUACGAUAAAAUUUAGUGCCUAUAUCACUUAAUAAAUAUAUUUUACAGUUAAAACCCUCAAGUCUAGUAUCUGGCUAAGAGUUAUUAGUUAUGUGUAUGCACGUAAUAUUAAUAAUUAUUAUAUCUGUGUAAAAUACUGCAAAUUAAUAGUCUUUGUUAAGUAUAUA